ACCUCCACAGUGUACCUAAGGUCUGAAUAAAGAAAAGAAGACAGCGUGCUGUGUGAGGACAUGGCCUUCCUCUCAGCAGCAGCUAGGAGUGUCCUCAUGCUGCUCUCACAGCUGGCUCCUUGUAGCCACGAUGGCAACGUCAUCAGAAGAAGUGUUACUGAUUGUAAAGAAGGUCCGCCAGAAGAAGCAGGAUGGAGCUCUGUACCUUAUGGCUGAGAGGAUAGCGUGGGCACCCGAAGGCAAAGACCGCUUCACAGUCAGCCACAUGUAUGCAGACAUAAAAUGCCAGAAAAUCAGUCCAGAAGGUAAAGCUAAAAUUCAGCUUCAGCUAGUAUUGCAUGCAGGGGACACAACCAACUUUCACUUCUCCAACGAAAGCACAGCAGUGAAGGAGCGAGAUGCGGUAAAAGACCUUCUUCAACAACUCUUGCCCAAAUUCAAGAGGAAAGCUAAUAAAGAACUUGAGGAGAAGAACAGAAUGCUGCAAGAAGAUCCUGUUUUGUUUCAGCUCUAUAAAGACCUUGUUGUGAGCCAAGUAAUCAGUGCUGAAGAAUUCUGGGCCAACCGUUUAAGCCUGAAUGCAGGGGAUAAUUCUGCAGCACCUAGUAAGCAGGAUGUGGGCAUCUCUGCAGCAUUUCUGGCUGACGUACGACCUCAAACAGAUGGCUGCAAUGGUCUGAGGUACAAUUUGACUUCAGAUAUCAUUGAAUCCAUAUUUCGAACAUAUCCUGCAGUGAAAAUGAAAUAUGCAGAAAAUGUUCCACAUAACAUGACAGAAAGGGAAUUCUGGACGCGAUUUUUUCAGUCUCAUUAUUUCCACCGGGACAGACUCAACACAGGCUCAAAAGACCUCUUUGCUGAAUGUGCCAAACUGGAUGAGAAAGGGUUAAAAGCAAUGGUGUCUCAAGGAGUGAAAAACCCUAUGAUAGAUUUAACAGCUUUGGAAGACAGAACGUUAGAUGAAGGCUAUGGUGUUGCUCCUGUGGCCUCUACAUCAAAUGCCUCAAAAACUGCUAGAGAAAGUAGCAAUGCUGCCAUUAUAAAACGCUUUAAUCAUCACAGUGCCAUGGUCCUUGCAGCUGGCCUCAGAAAACACCCCCUGAGCAGCAGAAGAGAGGCAGAUGAACCCUCUUCAACUCUCCUUCCACAUGAUGUCAUAAGAGAAGCACAAAAUGACCAUUACAGUGAGACCAGCAGUACGGAUGGAAACUCCAGGGAUUCAGAUUUCUUUCAACCACCAAUGAAAAAGGUGAAACUACAGGAAUCCAUUGAAUAUGAAGAUUUAGCGAUGAAUAAUAGCACUAAAACUAUUGCACUAAAUUUAAAGAAAUCUGACAGGUAUUAUCAUGGUCCAACUCCAAUUCAAUCACAGCAAUAUGCAACCAGUCAGGAUAUAAUUAAUUCUUUUCAUAGUAUUAGGCAAGAAAUGGAAGCAUAUGUACCCAAUCUAACUCAGGUUCUUUCAAGUGGUGAUGCUACUAGCACAAUUGCAGUCCUGUCACCUGGAGGAGCACUUAUGCAGGGUGGAACACAGCAAGCCAUAAACCAGAUGGUGCCAAAUGACAUUCAGUCUGAAUUAAAACAUUUGUAUGUGGCAGUAGGGGAACUGCUAAGACACUUCUGGUCCUGCUUUCCUGUUAACACACCAUUCCUAGAAGAAAAGGUUGUGAAAAUGAGGAGCAACUUGGAAAGAUUUCAGCUUACAAAGCUCUGCCCAUUCCAAGAAAAGAUUCGGAGACAGUAUUUAAGCACAAAUUUGAUAAGUCAUAUAGAAGAGAUGCUGCAGACAGCCUACAAUAAGUUCCACACGUGGCAGUCCCGGCGUAUGCUGAAGAAGACGUGAGAGUGCAUGCUGUACAGGUUUGAGAACAAAAAUCUGCAAUAGGGAUAGGAGUACAACCUAGCACACGUGCAGAUCUUAUAGUUGUUGCAGGAAGACCUGCAACCUAUGGACUUCUGGAAAAGAUGCUAACUGAACUUGCACAUUUUUUGGAAAAAAAAAAAAAAAAAAAGAACUGAGAUUAAACUUGAAAACUAGGGAGAAGAACAAGAGCGAACCAAAACAGAAGAGCUGAGGCGCAAAACUAUUUAAAAGACACUGUUUACUGCAGUUACUCAGGAACUGCUUUUGAUUUGCAUUAAGAGCUGCUUUCAGAAAUAAAAAAUUUAAAGAGGGCGUAUUAAUAAAAUCUGUUUUUGUCUAAUUUUUUUUUUUUUAAAGAAAUGUAUGGCACAGGGUAGAAAUCAAAAUGUUUUCACUGGAUUCUGACAUUUUGUUGAAUUGUUUGUAUCUUCCGCAACCAUUUAACAGUGCUAUUUUAAAACAGAGCUGAAACUGGUUUUACUUCAACCAUCCAGGAGAGCGUAGCUGUCCACAGAUGAGCUACUGCCAUGUUUCCCCCCUCAAUUGGAAGCAAGAAACAUUGCACUGAAAGCUGUUCACGAUCUGGGGCCCCUAAAGGCACAUGAUGGGGGCAAACUCUCACCUGAGACUUUGGAUUUUUAUGCAAAACUUUUUCAGCCAUCCGUUUUGCAUGUUUUCCUCUGAGUGCAAGUGUGUGCUACUGCAAUCUUCUUUUUUUUUUUUUUUAAGGUGGCAUUUGUUCUGAGGAAAGAAUACUUUUUUUUAAAAUGAAAUUAAAUAAAGUUUCUUACAAAAGUCA